AUGUCAUCAGACUUACUCCUCUUGCCAUCGCAACAAAAAGUGUUACUUGUGUUGAUGGUCUCUGUCAUUCGACCUCCCGUUGAGGAGAGAAGAAGUCAGAAGUCUGUUGAGAUUAAGAUCGAAUCAAAACCGGAUGAAAAUGAGAAGAAAGCGAGUAAACGUAGGACAUUUCCUAAGAAAAGGGAGCAUGAUGUUUCGGCCUCAUCCUUCAGUGGAUCGCUUCGUGGUUCCGAAGAUGUAAAGACCGAGUCGAAGACCGAUGUCCCUGUAGAUGCCACACGCAUCGCGAAACAUGACACAGGUGUGGCUGCUCUCAAUCCGGAGAACAUGCGAAGUGUUUUUCAUAAGGAGAAGUUCGCUAUGAAGAAGCGAAAACUAAUGCAGCGAUCAGAGAAGACGGCUCGAGCGGAACUAUUGAAUAGAGAAGAGGAGGGUUUCAUUGAAGGAGACGAAGGCGAACCUACAUAUGUAAUUAGACAAAAGGAAAUCGCUGAUGCAGUCGACAUUGCCAACGCAAGCAAGUACUUCGAACUUCAUCUUGAGAAUUUUGGUCCGUACCGGAUUUCAUACACUGACAAUGGGCGUCACCUUUUAAUAGGUGGCAAAAAGGGUCAUAUCGCAGCAUUGGACUGGCAAACCAAGAAACUGCACUGCGAGACCAAUGUAAUGGAGACAGUUCGAGAUGUCCAGUGGUUACACACGGAAAAUCUGUACGCUGUUGCUCAACGGCAUUACACGUACGUGUACGACAAUCAGGGAACGGAAUUGCAUUGUGUGAAACAAUUCCAUGAAAUUCGCCGGCUAGAAUUUCUCCCUCGACAUUUUCUAUUAGUUGGAUCUGUAAGUUCCACGUCGCCCCCGAAAACUUGCAUAGUGGGGCAAAAUAAGUGGUUUAGAUGGCGUUUCAGAUUCAUCUAG